CAUCAACGGAGCACCACAACCAAGCACCAUCAGAUUCACAGUUUGCCUUGCAACUUUGUCAACAUUCAGCAUGUAUCGUGCUUACUUUUCUCGUUUGCACUCACGCUUGCUGCAUCUCACGGCAAUGAUGAGAUCUGCGGUGAUCUCUCACCUUCCCCUAUCGGUUCACGAUGACAGCGUCACUCUUGCUAGCUAUAACAAGUCCCGCCACAACCGCACCCUGCAUGCGCUCCGUCAGCACAGCUAUCCCCGCAUGACAGAGAUACAGCAGGGCAACUUGCACAAGGCUUACCUCAAUGCGCAGUUCGGAGAAGAUGAGGCUCUUGAAGCAUGUUUCGCAUGGCGGGAUAUACUGCUAGUCGCAAACUACCACUGACUAGGCCUCGGCUCACCUUCGUCAGACGCUUCCUCCUCGAUCAAGUCCUAGGAGCACCAGGUGCGAGACGUUCCGAGCGUGUCAAGAUCGAAGCUCUCCGUCCUGUGGUGGCGCGAUCCGUGAAAACGUACUCUGCUGAGCUAUUCCCGGGCAAAGCCGCAUUACGCCAACAUCUAGCAGAUCCGAAGGUCCAGAAUUUGCGCAGAGGGAAUCGAGCGUCUGUAUCACAGUUCGACCGGAGACCGAGCGCGACGACGAGGAAGAAGUACCGACAGGCUCAUGGUGGAAAAGAGCAGAGUGAAGAUGAGCAGUUAGCGGGCGGGAAGAUUGGGCAGAGAGCAACAAAGUAUUAUAGGGCGGUGCUGGCGACGGGUAUCAGUGAUGUUGGCACAGUGAGUACCCGGGAGUGUUGGCGGGAGUGCAAGCAGCGGUGGACGGAGAUAUGUAUUGAGAAGAAUCAGGAGGCGGAAGGGGACUUUGGAGCGCUCAUGGAUGAAAUCGGAAAGCUUAAAUGCGGAGGCGGCAAGGAUAGGGGGGAUGAGGAUGUGGAUGCAAAUAAUCUUGUCGACGACGACGACGAUGAUGAUGACGAGGGUCAGAUGCGAAGUGAUGAAAGCGAGAAUGAUGCUGGGAAUAAGGCAUUACAAGGUAAGGCUUGACUGGCGAACCGUCGCAUCGGACCAAUACAGAAGACACGCACAGUGCUCCUUCGUUGUUUGAGAGUACGUAUGGUGACAGCUACUUCGGGGUUUCACUUUCACAUCACCACUGAACUGAAUCUGCG